AGUGUGGGGCUGCACAGGUGAGCGGUGUGUGUCAGGGUCAGGCUGAGGAGGGGGUUUCUUCAGGGUUCUGUAUUUCCCCUGCAGAUGAGGCGACCAUGUUGUCUUCAAGAAGCUGCAGGGUCUUCGGUCUCCUCCUGUCCCAUUACUCUCAUAGUUUCGGUGGUGUCCAGCCUUUCCGCUUCUGCGCCUCCUGGACUGGAGUGAAGAAGCGCAGUUAUUGGAGGUACCUGAAGAGGUCUAUCCUGGGGGCCCCGUCCCCACCUUACAAGCGGGUGACUCAGACGGGAGAUCCGGUUUUGCGGGUCAAGACUCAGGCGGUUCCCCGAGACCGCAUCUCGCACCCCGAUACUCAGGUUGUUCUGAAGCGAUUGGUGCAGCUCCUGGAGUCCUGUGGUUGUGUGGGACUAAGUGCCCCUCAGUUGGGGGUCCCUCUCCGCAUUAUAGCUCUGGAGCUCCGAGAAGAGAUGUGCCAGUUGGUGCCCCCUGAUGUGCGGGCGCAACGGGAGAUGGAUCCUUUCCCACUCAAGAUCUUUAUUAACCCCGCUAUGCGUAUUCUAGACUCCCGAAAGCUGAGCUUCCCAGAGGGCUGCAGCAGCAUCCAUGGAUUUUCAGCAGUCGUGCCCCGGUACCACGCCGUGGAGAUAUCAGGCCUGAACGAGAAAGGAGAAGAGACCAGCUGGAAGGCACAAGGCUGGGCGGCCCGGGUGAUCCAGCACGAGAUGGACCACUUGGACGGAGUCCUUUAUGUAGAUAAAAUGGAUCCUCGGACCUUUGUGAAUGUAACCUGGAUGGAAAUUAAUGACUGAAGUAAAUUCCUUACCGUUUGCACGGCUGUUGUGAAUCUGAUGAAUGUAGGCUGCCCUCUUGUGGUGAGAGGAGUUAAUACAAUUUGUAGACGGUUCACAAAGGUAGAAUCAGGACGGGGUAUUUUCCCAAUAGAAUUCCCACCACAGCCUGCUUCUCCAGACUUUGCAGGUAACAGAUGCAUCACCCACUAUGAACAGAUUUUUAGGUGUCAUUUUAACUUUAAAGUAGUCAUCCCAUUUGCACUGGUAUGGGGUAUCAAUAGGAUAUGCCAUAACUAUCCGAUAUGUACAGGUCCCACUCCAAUCUCGAGAGCGGGCCCUGCUGUGAAUGGAGAGUAAGCUGCCCACACGUGUCUUUCACCAUUUAUUGCUAUGUUCCAUAGAGGUGAAUGAAAAGGGAGGAAGGGUGGGUUGCGCAUGCGCGGUGUGCUCUUCAUUCACAAUAGGCCAUAAAUGUCCUGAUGGGAGUACUCCUUUUAAGGAGCCCCCCCCCCCCACAGCCAUAGAUCUAAAUAC